CCAGGGAUGAUCAUGUGAACAUCUAAAAGACUCCAGGAUUGAGAUUUCAGGGAGUCUUUUUUUUUUUUUCCUUUUUCCUUUUUCCUUCCCCCCUCCUAAGUUUUCCCAGCAUCUAUUUCUGAAAGAGGAAGAAUAGGAGGAGAAAAGUGCCUGCUAAUAGUGCAACAAUGGUUGUGGAAUGGGAAUGACAUGACAGCUGAGGCGAUCCUCGACACUCUUUGGCUGUCUCUCGCAUGCACACACACGCGCAGUGUGUCUGUCUGGUUUGAUGGGCCAGACGGAGUGACCGAGUCACAGCACAAGCGUCAACCAUGGACGAAUCGGCCCUGCUGGAUCUUCUCGAGUGCCCGGUGUGCUUAGAACGCUUGGACGCCUCAGCCAAGGUACUCCCGUGCCAACAUACGUUCUGCCGCCGCUGCCUGCUCGGUAUCGUGGGAUCGCGUGGGGAGCUGCGAUGCCCGGAAUGUCGCACGCUCGUGGAGAGUGGCGUGGACGAGUUGCCGAGCAACAUCCUCCUCGUACGCCUGCUCGACGGCAUUAAGCAACGACCCUGGAGAGCCGGCACGGGUUGCACCAAUGGCUCAGCUGGCGGAGGGGUCCGAGAGCAUGCCAACUCUGGAGCGCAGCCCCAAAGAGCUCAGACCAAAAGCACUGCUGUCAGGGGUGUCCCCCAGCUCCCUUGCGCCAAGGCCUUGUACAACUACGAUGGUAAGGAACCCGGCGACCUCAAGUUCGGCAAGGGCGACAUCAUCAUCCUGCGCCGGCAGGUGGAUGAGAACUGGUACCACGGCGAAAUGGGCGGAGUGCACGGCUUCUUCCCGGCCAGCUUCGUGCAGGUGAUCAAGCCGCUACUGCAGCCGCCGCCGCAGUGCAAGGCCCUGUACGACUUUGAGCUGAAGGACAAGGAGGCUGACAAGGACUGCCUUCCUUUCUCAAAGGACGACAUUCUGACGGUAAUUCGACGCGUGGACCAGAACUGGGCCGAGGGAAUGCUGGGAGAUAAGAUUGGCAUCUUCCCCAUAUCCUAUGUCGAGUUUAACUCGGCUGCACGCCAGUUAAUCGAGCUCGACAAGGUGCCGGACGACUCUGCCGAGGGUUCUACUUCGUCCUCCUCCUUUUCGUCGUCCACCCCGGGCCCCCAAGCCAACGGGUCGCAUAAAGCGCCAGGGGAGAAAAAGAACAGCAAGAAGCGCCACUCGUUCACCUCGCUGACCAUGUCCCAUAAGCCAUGCCUGGCCCCUCCGCCGCAGCGCCACUCCAUGGAGAUCAGCGGGCCCGUGCUGAUCAGCUCCUCGAACCCUACAGCGGCAGCACGCAUCGGAGAGCUCAGCGGCGGCUUGUCGUCUAGCGCCCCCUCCCAGGUUCAUAUUUGCACAACGGGCCUCAUCGUUACUCCACCACCGAGCAGUCCUGUAACAACGACCACGGUCUUCACUUUUCCUCCAGAGAUCAGCUAUGCCUCCAUUCCAGUGGAAGCAUUGCCUCCUCCACCACCUCCUCCCCCACAAUCUUCCUCCGUGGGCGCGGCGUCAUCGUUGGCCACAGGGCAGAGGCCGUCCCCCACUGCGAGCGACCAGAGUGGACGUCAGAGACCAACUGUGUACGUCGCAAUGUUCCCGUACACACCUCGUAAGGAGGAUGAGCUAGAGCUGAGAAAGGGCGAGAUGUUCCUUGUGCUGGAGCGCUGCCAGGACGGCUGGUUUAAAGGAACCUCCAUGCACACCGGCAAGAUCGGAGUGUUUCCUGGCAACUACAUGAGUCCUGUCAACAGAACGGUGGCAAGCAACAAUCAACCCAAAGUGCCGUUAACAAUGUGCUCGCAGGCUGGACGCAGUGUCACCAUUGUUAGCUCCUCGUCCCCUCCGAACGGAGCUGCCCUGUGUAACGUUGACCCCAACAAGUCUGUCCCUAUUUGCACAGGCCCUGCCCCUUCAAGCCCCGUUCCUGCAGGUGUUGUGACAGCAGCUCACAUGCCGCCUGGUCAGCAUCCCAAAGUGCUCAUGCAUGUGACGUCACAAAUGACGGUUAACCAGGCACGUAACGCUGUGAGGACCGCUGUGGGUCACAAUCAGGACCGGCCCACUGCAGCCAUAACGCCCAUCCAGUCCCAGAACGCCAUGGCUUUUCUGCCUCACCUGGCUGUGUGUCCACAGCCGUCACCUGGCAGCGCCUCCAACUCGAACCCUGGGUCAAGCAGAAUGGGAGUGGCAAUGGGCUGUGCCGCCGCCUCACUUACCCCACCUAAUAUCAGCGCUGCAUCUUUGGAGGUUGAUAGCAUGAGACCAAGCACCAUGGUGGCGAUCCCAGUUGCUUCCGGGAACCCCAAGCCUCCUGGUACCUCGGCAGCCAAUCAGGGUCCUGCUUGUAAACUAGACAAGGACUGCAAGAGGGAGAAGAAAGGCCUGUUGAAGCUGUUGUCAAAUAAAAAGAAGUCUCGCCCCUCUCCCCCAUCCUCCCCGACUCUGGAGGCGGAGCAAACCGUUGCCGUGGACGUGCCGCAAGGAGCCAUGGCACCCGAAAUGCCCGUAACCAACACAACAGCAGGAGCUAUAGGAAAUCAUUGCCGGAACGGAGCCUGUCCUGUGGAGGCUGAGACACCUGCACCUUCAUCUUCAUCAUCAUCAUCAACAAAUUCUGAUGCUGCACGCAGGAGCGGCUGUCAGGAAAAUUCCGCCCCCAUUGCACCACCACCACGACAGCCGUGCUCCUCGCUCCUGUCCAUGCAGCAUGACGGACGGCCAAUUGUGUGUGAGAGGUACCGUGUGGUAGUCUCUUACCCUCCGCAGAGCGAGGCUGAACUGGAGCUGAAGGAGGGCGACAUUGUCUUCGUGCACAAGAAACGCGAGGAUGGCUGGUUUAAAGGCACGCUCCAGAGGAACGGCCGGACGGGCCUCUUUCCUGGUAGUUUCGUCGACAGCAUUUGACUCGAAAAGCCUCUUGCUAUCAAGCUAAAUCAACACAAUGUUGUUGCCAGGUUAGCAGCUGCCCUCGGCCUGGAAAGCUCUCUGCCAUGGUAGACACGAUGGAAUCAGCAACGUAUACACGAUUGUCGAUUUAAGCACAAAUCAACCUGGUAUUUUUAUUUUUUAAAAACACAUCCUGGACGCCAUGAGGCUAUCACAGUCUCUUGAAGCAGAACACAUAAAGACACGUUGACCAAAAUCAUAUAAAAAGCACAUGUAUCAUAAAGACAGCAUGACACAGCGCUGGAAAAAGCGCUUGUGAUAAUCCGUUAAUUUAUGUACCUGUAUUUCAGAACGGUCUACAUGUGUGCCUUGUGCAGCAUCACUUUAUUGUAUAUACGUGAACAGAGCUUCUUUAUGAGUGAACUAAGCAAAGCUGGAUAAUAUGGAUUUAUUAUACACCUUUAAAAAAAAAUGUAGCUUUGAUUUAGGCUAUUUACAGAUGAUUAAUGUGAACUGUGAUCGGUCGCUGAUUCGCGUCGCUUGGUCAUUGGUGGGCGGAGUCGACGUCCCUACUUAAUAAUGUAUCUUUUCAACAGCAAUGGGUGAUGUUGAUCUCUAUGAAGAUAAACUACUGUUGGUCAGCCUGAAGAUCGAGUUGAGCUUGAAUUUACUACUGAUUAAUUAAAAAGAAAUCUAGAGAAAGAAAUAUAUAUAGAUAUUCAAAUUCGAUCUGGUCUGUAGAAAUAUCCGUACAUGUUUUUGAGGGGGUUAUCAAGCGUCCAAAGUCGCGACGGCUUGUGCACGGUGAAUUGUAGCGAACACGACUCAGUAUUGGGGAUGUAACGAACCUGCUGUAGAUUUUAUUCAGUAACGGGGUUUAGUAGGAUUAAGUAGGAUUUAGUUCAGUUAAUGCUUCUGAUAGAACAUUUGAUAUUUAAAAAAAAUUUAAGAAUGAGUAAAAAUACACUCCAUAGAAAGCAUUCGAAAGGUGGUGGCAUAGACAUUUAACUCAAAUCGUACUAAUUAUAUUUAUAUAUUCAGAUAUGAUAGCUGCUGCCUUCCUUUGUUUUUGUUUUUAUGUUGUUGUUUUUUUUUUUUUUUUUCCCGGGUCUGACAGUAUGACUGACAGCUGAGUGACGGAUCACUGAAGCACACUCAUAUUAUUGCUUUGUCGUCUGGUGUUGUGUGUAUUUCUAUGUUCUUAACUUACAGCUAAUUUUAGUCUAUUGCACUACACCCGACACAGAAGGGAUUAACCUUUUGAUCAACAGAUAAGAGCUGCUUCAUGCCUUGAGUCCAGCGUCCCAGCAACGCCACUUCAGUGUUCAUAUUUUUGGUCGUGUUUGCCUCACAGGUUCAUCUGUAGCACGUUCAUGCCUCACUGGUUUGUGGGAUUGUGAGGACAUCGCAAUUUUACCACAAAUCCAUGCGUUAUUUAUCACUUCUCUUGUUUUCUUCUCCAUAAGAACCCACGAUAACAAUGACUGAUCUCCUUCAAGACUCACAUGAAGGAUUUCGUUAUUUUUCCAAAUUACUUCAUUUGCUGAGUCAUGACCCAAAUCAAGACAUCUUAUUUCGUGACCAAACCCCAUAUGUAGUUAGAAUUUGUUUGACCUGUAGUUUCCGGAGACAUUUCUACCCAAUCCAGUGUUUGACCUUCGUCAUUGAGAACUGUAGACACAUUUUUAGUUCAAAUCAGAUCAGUGAUCUGAUUUAAACACUGUUUACAGGUGUGCUGGUUUAAGAGGACCUCGAAGAGCAAACUAGCUGGUGUUAUUGUGUUGUUCUUUUUCUUUUAGUUUUUUUUGGGUACAUAUUUUUCCCCCGUACAGGAAGUGCCUGUGUAGUUUUGUCGAGUUCACCCCGUCAAUAAACUAGCAAGGAACAUACAAACCCUGGGAUUCAGGCAGAAGCUGACACACUCACACUGCUUCAAUUAUACACACCUUUUUGUUUUUGUAUUUCUUUCCCUAUCGGGCUAACUAGGUCCAGGCAUGUCCUCAUUGUGCAGGACCAAACGGUUUUCAUACUUCGUUUGUGAGAUGCAGUACUAAUACCUGACUUGAACAUUUACACUCCAACAAUCUACACUCCUUUCAUUAUUAUUAUUAUUAUUAUUUUUAUAUAAACCCUGGUUUUAGUACAUGCUCAUCUUUGUCUGCUAGUAGUGAAGUUGAUCUCCUCAUAUUCACUAAAUCAUUGGAAGAUUUUGUCCUUGUCAUUUUUUUUGUGCUAACUGUAAUAAAAGAUCUUGAUUUCCAAAGGA